UUUUUUUUCACUGGCCACGUAGCUUUUUCGCCUUUUGUUUUAAUUACUUUUUUAUUUGUAUUUUUUUAUUUCGGCAAUGAUGAAUAAGAUUAAAUUCGUACGCUCGCUGUUCUCAAAGAGCAACCCAUCACCCGAAAACCUAAAGCUCACCACCGGUGUUCUCUACGAACUGCACCCGCCAGGCAGCAAAGUAACCCGAGUCUGUCUCUACAAAGACGCCGAAAUCUCCAUCCGCCGCACCAAAAUACCGCAUCAAUUCCAACUAGUUGUGCAAAAAGUCAUUGAAGAAGGCGAAGAGCCCCAGGACUCUGACGACGAGCUAGACGACGAGCGCGCAUUCCUCAUUGAUGUCGGACUCAAAUUCAUCAAUACCAAGUAUGAGGGCCACUUGGGGUUCAAAUGGAGAGAUCCUUUGAGUGCCACUGUGGGUGGCGGGUUUGAGUUUAUUGUAGAGUAUCCUACGGAUAGUGAUAAAGUGGUGAGAGACAAGUUUGCUUUGGCUGUUGCCAAGUGCGCGUGGGAACGUAUGCAUGAGAGGUCGUAUGAGGAAGGGGAGGAGGCAGAGUUUCAGAAGAUUGUCGAUGAUGCGGAGGCCGAGGACCUGGAGAAUCUGUUGAACAGCGUGACCAUCGACGAGUCUGACAUUCUGGCCGCAGUUGCCGAUCACAAGCCUGAUCUCACGCUGGUAAAGCAACAGCCGCCUCUCCGGAAGCCCAAGGAGCCUGCCGCACUGGCAAUGGGCAUAAUCACCGUUUCCGUUAUCGGCAGCCUCUUCCUUUUCGACCCCCACACUUCUGAAUUCGUGCUCCUGGAUAAGGAAGUAGCCCUGUCGGUUGUCGAGAUGUCCAAGUUCACGUACUUCAUCAACGUCAUCUCCAACAGGAAAAACUACGUGUCGCAGCUGGUGGAUCCUGAUAUGAACGCUGUUUUCAACAACGAACACCGCUCGUUGAUCUGGAACUACUUUGACUCCACAGGCUCUUAUUCGUUUUCGUUCAAGGCCGCCGACGAGAGGCAUUACGAGUCCCUGCAUCAGGGAAUGACCAAGGCCGCGUACGAGACGUUGAGCCGCGAGCCGUGGGGCAAGAUGAAGGAGGAUUCGCAGGACUACGUCCUGGAUGCCAAUGAGGAAGACCUGGAUGCUAUGCCUGUGCCCGCGCAGUGGAGCGAUGACGAUGACGAUGACGAUGACGAUGACGAUGACGAUGACGAUGACGACGACGAGGGCCAGGACGAGGAUGAAGUCGACCAAUCAUAUAGGAGAGUGCCUGUGCCCAAGGGUGUCAAGACAGGCCAGUACGGAGCGGAAUCAAAGUCUGAGUACUUUGAGGAGGAUUCUGAGGAUUCUGAGGAGGAUUCCAAGGACGAACGCUCCGCCUACGGCACUGGGUCUGAGGAUGAUGACUACAGUGGGUCCGAGGCCGAGCACGACAACGAUGGCGACGCCAAGAACUCGACGCUCGCCGUGGGAUACAAGCACGGGCGCUCCUUUGUUGUCCGCGGCAGCCGCAUCGGUGUCUUCAAGCACACGAACAAGGACGGGAUCAAGUUUGACACGACCAUUAACAAGAUUGACGACACACGCGGCAAUAGGUUCACGCCCACCUCAGCCAUGCUCCACCAACAGGACUCGGCACUAAUCCUGAGUGACGCUGCCAAUCCGCACGCCUGUACAAGAUGGAUCUGGAGUACGGCAAGCUCCAAGUACAGCCAGAUGACUGAUAAUCAGACGGUGGUCGGGCUGAGCCACAAUAUGCUGUACCGGAUUGAUCCGCGCGUGGGCGGUGGCGGAAACCAGGGUGAUUUGAUUGUGCAGAAAGAGCUGCAGUCGUAUACGACAAAGAGCCAUUUCACUGCCCUGGCGACGACCGAGGACGGCGCUAUUGCCGUUGCUAGCGCCAAUGGAGCCAUCCGCCUGUUUGACCGCCUGUGCGUACGUGCAAAGACCUCACUGCCAGCCCUGGGCGAGCCUAUCUGGGCAUCGACAUACCUCCCCCCCUCCAGCCCUGGCUCCAAUGCUUCCAAGAAAAAGUCAACACCUGCUGCCGCAAAUUCACUUGACACGGACAAGUUGGUAACCGGGUUCCAAAAGGCAUUCCCGCAGAGCCAAAAGCCCUCCCCCCGCCGGCUGCAGCUCAGGCCCGAGCAUAGGACCAUUGUUACAAGUACCGGUCCGUUUGUCAUCACUUGGAACUUGCACAAGGCGCUGAGAAAAGGUGGGAGUGGAGACGCGUAUCAGAUUAAGCAGUAUAAGGAUACUGUAGUUGCUGAUAACUUUAGGUUUGGUCAGGAUCGGUCGAUUGUGGUUGCUUUGCCGGAUGACGUGCAGACUGUGAGGAGGUCGCAGAUGGCGAAGCCAACAAGGGAGAGUCUGAUGCUUCAGUCGUCGGCUGCUGCUUUGGCUAGAGACAAAGUGGUGGAUGAACCAAAGUAUUGAAUAGUAUGGUAUGGUAUGGUUUGGUUUGGUUUGAUUUGGUUUGGUUUGGUUUGGGUUUUUUGUUUAAUUCAUUUUUAUAUUUUUUAUCAACACAUUUUUUAUUUAG